UCCCUCCCCCUCCUUAAUCUCCAGAUUGCCGGUGCCUCUUUGCAGCAAGCAAGCAUCGAGUCCAGUCCACGGCCGCCGCACCCGGGACCUCCCCAUGCGCCCCCCAGUCCACAUGAGACAGACAUGCUCGCCUUCGUGCUGGUGUCCGGCUCGCUGUGGAUCCUUUUGGAGCUGAGUUCGACGCUGAUGGAGAAGAUGCAGGCCCGGGAGAUGCUAAGCGGCCUGAGGGUGCCCAACAUGGACUUCUUCAGCUCGUCGCCCACUUCCGCCUUGGUGGGCAUCGGUGCCCUCACCGCCCUACUGGCCUACUGGCUAGCCACCAGGCCUCGACCCAUCAAACCCCCGUGCAGCCUCCAGCACCAGUCUGAGGAGGUGCCGCAUGAAGAUGGGGGUCGCAGGUCCAUGAUGGGAGACAGUUCUAAGCUACUGACUCAUUACCACGACGACGCUAGGACAAUGUACGAGGUCUUCCAACGAGGCCUCCAUAUAUCAGGUGAUGGGCCUUGCUUGGGCUCACGUCUUCCCAAUCAGCCUUAUAAGUGGAUGUCCUAUAAAGAGGUGACGUCCCGGGCCGAGCAUCUGGGAUCGGGCCUUUUGCACCAGGGCUGCAAGGCCAGACCGGACCAAUUCAUUGGGGUCUUUGCUCAGAACCGGCCCGAGUGGAUAAUCGCGGAGCUGGCCUGCUACACAUACUCCAUGGUGGUGGUGCCCCUGUAUGACACACUAGGUCCUGAUGCCAUACGCUUCAUCAUCAACACUGCCGAGAUUUCUACGGUUAUCUGCGACAAGGUGGACAAGGCGCAAGUGUUGCUGACUAAUGUGGAACGCGCAGAGACACCACCAUUGCGCCGUAUCGUCCUCAUGGAUGCCCUAGAUGUCGCGCUUGUGGAGCGCGGACGUGGUUGCGGUGUCCACGUGCAGGCCAUGCAGGAAGUGGAGGCGCUGGGCAGAGAUAACCAUCGAAAACCUUUACCGCCCUCACCACAGGACCUUUCUAUUGUAUGCUUCACCAGUGGGACUACAGGAAACCCAAAGGGAGUGAUGCUCACCCACGGAAACGUGGUGGCUGAUUUCUCUGGCUUCCUCAAAGUGACCGAUAAAGUAAUUUUUCCCAACCAGGACGAUUGCCUCAUUUCCUUCCUGCCGCUGGCUCACAUGUUCGAGAGGCUGAUUGAGUCGGUGGUUUAUUGUCACGGGGGGCGCAUCGGCUUCUACCAGGGCGACAUCCGCUUGCUCCCAGACGACAUGAAGGCCCUUCGACCCACCAUUUUCCCUGUGGUUCCCCGCUUGCUCAAUCGCAUGUAUGACAAGAUCUUCAGCCAGGCCAACACCCCGUUGAAGCGCUGGCUUCUCAAUUUUGCUGCUAAAAGAAAAAGCGCUGAGGUCAGUUACGGCAUCAUUCGCAGCGACAGUGUUUGGGAUAAAAUCUUCUUCAGCAAAAUUCAGGCCAGCCUGGGUGGGAGGCUACGGAUGAUCAUAACGGGGGCAGCCCCAACUUCGCCCAGUGUGCUGGGGUUCCUCAGAGCAGCUUUAGGAUGCCAGGUGUACGAGGCGUACGGGCAGACGGAGUGCACUGCUGGAUGCACCUUCACCACACCCGGCGACUGGACACCAGGUCACGUGGGCGCACCGCUGCCGUGCAACCUCAUCAAACUGGUGGAUGUUCCAGAAAAAAACUACUUUGCUGCCAAGGGAGAGGGAGAGGUUUGCGUUAAGGGACCGAACGUGUUCAAGGGCUACCUCAAAGAUCCCGAGCGGACCGCCGAGACACUGGACCCGGACGGCUGGCUCCACACCGGCGACAUCGGCAAAUGGCUCCCCAAUGGUACGCUGAAGAUUGUGGACCGAAAGAAGCACAUCUUCAAGCUGGCUCAGGGCGAGUACAUCUCCCCUGAGAAGAUAGAGAAUAUCUACAUCCGGAGCGAGCCCGUGGCUCAACUCUAUGUGCACGGAGACAGCCUCCAGUCCUGUCUGGUUGGGAUUGUCGUACCAGACCCAGAAGUCAUGCCAUCCUGGGCCAAGAAGAAAGGGAUCUUAGGCACCUACAAGGACCUUUGUAAAAACACAGAACUUAAAAAGGCCAUCCUCGAGGAUCUGGUACGUCUAGGCAAGGCCAGUUCUCUGCACUCAUUUGAGCAGGUGAAGAACAUUUACAUCCACAGCGAGAUGUUCUCUAUCCAGAAUGGCCUGCUUACACCCACCUUGAAGGCCAAGCGGCCUGAGUUGCGGGAAUUCUUCAAAGAGAAGAUCGAGCAGCUCUACAGCACUAUCUCCAUGUGAGGACAACAAAUACAACAAUGAUGUGCAUUUUGGAACAAGAAGCAAAAAAAAAAAAAAAUCACCCCUCCAUCCACCCAUCCAUCUAUCCAGAUAGUCAUGCAGUUUUAUUUCAAACAUCAAAUACAUGGAUUUUUUUGUAGGCUCACACAAGGGUACCUCCUGCCUUACCAGUAAUGGCGUGGCCAUUUUGGGGAGCACACCCACCACUCCUCUUUCCAUUUUCUUUUUCAUAAAAAAGGCAAAAGCAGGACUCGGCGGGGCAGUGCAUGCAGUUGUCCUGUGGUGAAAAAUAGAGCAACCAUUCACUUUUAAUUAAGCAGCGACUUGUAUUAUGGUUUAGUUUUUUUCUUAUAAAUCACAUACGAAUAAUGUAGAAGCUUUUCAAGAUUGUUGUCCCAUAGCGUGAAAAUGAACUAUGUAUGUACAUACACGAGGACAGCUACACUAGAGAUGUAAGCUUAUUUAUUGACAACUCGAAUCUGCGGUUUGAAUGAGAUUUUUACUUUUUUUUUUUUUUUUUGAGUGUAUGUAUAGUGGGACAAACUGUACGUAUUUAUUUCUUUAAUUUAUGCAGUCGAAUCAACAGCAUAUCCUUGUUAUGAUAAUGAUGAUGGUGAUGACUGGAGGUAGGAGGGGAACUAGGUUCAUGAAAUAAAAUACCAUUCUGAGA